AUCCUGUUCUUAUUAUUGUGGUCACGAUUUGCGUCUGGAAGGCCGGCAAGAUGUUCCCUGUCGCGAAAUUUCUUACGAUACUUUCCCGAUGCUCAAGUGGAGUGCAAAGCAUGUCCCAAGUGUCCAGAAGGAACAGGACUCACACCAUUAUGCGGUUCAAAGAUACCUAACUACACCAUCAUCAAAUGUGAACCUUGCAGAGAGAAUGCGACCUUCUCUGACACACAUAGCAUUGAAAGCUGCAGACCCUGUCAUGACUGUGGAUUAAGGAACAUUAUCCAGCAGUGUACCCCUUAUCAAAACCGCAAAUGUGGAAACAGGUGCCCUGAAAGACAUUUUUGGACGACAAUGGUUUCUGCCAGGAAUGCUACUUUUGCUGCUCCGAUGUCCCUGAGUCUUCCAGGCUGA